AAAAAAAAAAAAAAACCAUACAACAACAUGCCCUUUGAAAGAGAGAGUGGACAACCCACAUCCUCUGUUUUCAUUUUUUAUGUUUCUAGAUCUUCUUCGUCUUCAUCGUUUCUCAAAUCCACCUUCCAUUAAUGUUGAAAUUGAGAUAGCAUAUAGCUUAUAGCAACAGGACUAUUGUAAAGUUAUGGCAAUUCAACAAGGGAUUGUGGAGAAGGUGGAGCCGGAGCACGGUAAGUUGUUUAUCGGUGGGAUAUCGUGGGAUACGGAUGAGGAACGUUUGAAAGAGUAUUUUGGUAGUUAUGGUGAGGUUAUUGAGGCGGUUAUUAUGAGAGAUCGCUUGACGGGUCGUGCUAGAGGGUUUGGAUUUGUAGUGUUUGCUGAUCAUGUUGUUGCUGAGCGAGUUGUGAAGGAAAAACACAUGAUUGAUGGUCGAACCGUUGAGGCGAAAAAGGCGGUUCCAAGGGAAGAUCAUCAUGGACUAAACCGAACCGUUAAUAGCAUUCAAGGAUCUCCAGUGGGUCCCGUCGGGCGCACAAAGAAGAUAUUUGUAGGUGGUUUACCAUCAACCAUAACCGAAAACGAUUUCAAAAGUUAUUUCGAUCAAUUCGGUACAAUCACAGAUGUGGUCGUAAUGUAUGACCACAACACUCAAAGGCCAAGAGGUUUUGGUUUCAUUACAUACGAUUCAGAGGAAGCGGUAGAUAGAGUAUUAUACAAAACGUUUCAUGAACUAAACGGAAAAAUGGUCGAGGUCAAACGGGCCGUCCCUAAAGAGAUGUCUCCAGGCCCGAACCCGAAUCGUAGUCCUUUAAUCGGAUAUAAUUACGGGUUAAAUAGAGCAAGCGCGUUUCUCACAAAUAGCUACCCACAAGGUUACAAUAUGAGCCCGAUUGGCGGUUAUGGAGUUAGAAUGGACAGUCGGUUCAGCUCAAUUGUUGGCGGUCGAACCGGGUUCCCUCAAUUUAGCUCACCCGGUUAUGGUCCAGGCUUGAAUGUGGAGCCGUCUUUGAGCCCCACCGCAUUCGGUGGGUCUUCGGGCUAUGGGCGGGUUAUAAGUCCGUAUUUCGGUGGAAAUCCGAAUAGGUAUAGUACUCCUAUUGGAUAUAAUCAAGGUAGUGGGAGAACCGAGGGACCUAUCGGGUCAUCAACCCGAAGCGUAUGGGGAAAUGGUGGGCUCACAAGCCCAGGUGGGUCGGGGUCGGGGUCGGGUUCGUAUUUGGGUUCUGGAACCGGUGGGUUCGGAUUGUUUGGGAACAACGGAGCAAGUUGGGGUUCUUUGCCGUUGAAUUCUCAAAACGAUGGUGGAAAUAUAGGCGGGUUUAGUAGGGGCGAAGAGACUAAUUAUGGGAUAGUUGGAAGAAACAAUGUUACAAGUGGGACUACAACGUUACCGUUUAACGGGCCGAACAGUGAUCAUGACGGGUUCUAUGGUAAUGCGUACCGUGGGGGUUCAAUGUAUGGAGAUGCAACUUGGCAGUCUUCGGUUAACGAGGUUGAUGAUUCGGGUUCGUUCGGGCUUGGGCUUGACAAUGAAGAUGUGGUGGGCAGGAGUUCUGAAGGGUAUGUUGGGAAUUAUAGUAUUGCAAAUAGACAAACAAGUAGAGAAAUUGCUGCAUAGAAGCUUCACGUUUUGCAUACGGUAACACAACUUUAGCAGGAGGACCAUUUCAGUCGAACUGGAUUGCGUUUCUCGUACAUAUCCCUGUUAGCAUACGCCACAUCAGCAUCUUUAAUGCAAUGUGAUCUGAGGAUUCUUGAUAAGGUACAUUUAUACAUAUCAAGAAAGGCAGUUUAAAAAUGGGAUUUUGUUCGCGUUUAUGAAUUUUGAUUUCUAAUUGACAUUUAGGUUUCAUUAAAGUUGUAAAAUCGAGAACGAGUGAUAUAUUGUGCAUCCCUUUAAUAAGGGCAGUAUAAUAGAGCAAUAAUAUCUAUUUUUAUUCAUCAAAAACUGUUGUAAUUCUUGGCAGUGUUGCCAGUACUGUUUUCCAGUAUUUUUUCUAGCAAAUUACUUGAGUUUCUUUAUUUACUGACUGUAUUCCGGAUACGAGUUAAUAAGUUGAUUAUAAUUUGGAAUU